UGCGCCUGGGGCCCGUGGACACAGAAGUGUAUGUGGGUUUGAACCCUGCUGCCCUGUGGCCACGGGCUCGCCGCCCCGAGACCAUGACAAUGGCCCAGAACGGCCACGGCCAACUUGCCGCUAUCCCCUGUUCGGCCUCGGAUUCCAAAGACCCCGGAAUGGUGACGUCCCCGGCGUGUCAGAACGGAGGCUGCAGCAGCGGCAGCAGCCCCCACGGGGAAGCGGACGCGGCCGAGGCCAGACUCAGCCCGGCCGGGCUCGUCCGCCUCUUCUCUGCGGGUCGGAAGCGGACCAGCGCCCACACUGAGAGGCCCCGCUCCGUGGUCCUGACGGGCCGUUCCUCUACCUGGAACGCCCUUGCCUCCUUUCGGAAAAUGGGAUCUUUUAAGAAGCUCAAGUCCUCCGUCCUUCAAGGAAUUCAGAGCCGGGAGGGGUCAGAAGCGGCCAAGGAGGAUGCCCCCGAACGCGACCCGCGGAGACAAAUCCCGAAUGGCGCGGCGGCCGAAAUGCCAGGCGGCAGGGGCACCUCCUCGGGCCCCGCGGGCGAGCCGGCCAGGGCGGGGCCGGGGGGCGCGUCCGACUGCUCUGACCCCGACGAGGCGGACGACGCCUUCCAGAGGAGCACCCAUCGGUCCCGCAGCAUCCGCCGCGCCUACGGCCUGGGCCGCAUCAGUUUCCUGGACUGCGAGAAGCACCAGGGGCCCCAGCGCCACGCCCGGUCCCCAGCCCCCUCCUCGCAGGAGCCCGCGCUGUGUGAAAUUCUGGUGAAAGACGCCGAGAGCAACGGCAUCAUCUACCGAAAGAGCAAGAGCACCGACAACUUGAACUUUCUGAAGAAGAGCUCCUUCAAACGGAAGUCCACCUCGAAUCUCGCGGACCUCAAGGGGGCGCCCGAGAAGCCCGCGCCGCGCAGGACGUUCAGCAGCUCCUCUGCGGACUCGGACAAGUUCGGUGGGGGCGGCUCCGAGAGGCGGACGAAACGCUGGAAGAGCCCCCUGCGGGCCAAGGAGUGGGACAGGGUCCUGAGGUUCAUGAGCGGUGCCGCAGACGCCGCCUGGAGGAGAGAGAGCCCCCGGAGCGCGGCGUCCCCACAGGGCGACACGAGUAGCCGGCUGCAGGUACACAGCCGGCUGCACGACGCCUACUCACGCCGCAUGUCCGGCAGCGCCGAGCGCGAGUGGCGGAGGUGCGCAGGCGUGCCCGCCGCCCCAGGAUUGGUGGACGUGGACGCGGAUGCCGCCGUGCUGCCCCUGGAGCCGCUGCCUCUGGAGACAGCGGAGAGUGCGGGCCCCAGCGCUGGCGCUCCCUCCGCGAGCCCCGACACCCGGGAUGCGGACGGACGCCCCGCGGGCGGCCGGUUUACCUUCGAGCCCGAGCAGCCGCUCACCCCGCUGAGGCCAACGACGCCGAAGCCUCCCAGCCCGCAGAGCCCCGGCGCGGGAAAUGCCACAUGUCCCAGCAGCCUCAGUGCGCUGUCCCUGAGUUCGGUGGACAGCGAAGAAAGGGCGGAGGGACCCAUGUCCUCCCAGGGUUCGGCACCUGCCGAGUGUGACAAGGGCGGCGACGACAGCGGCGCCAGCAGCCAGCCUCCACUGAGCCCCCAUCUGGUGUCGGGUCCGGAAGAAAGCGGGGAGGAGGUUGUGGCAGAGGAACCCUGGAGGCGGGGCUCAUCCCGGGAUGAAGAAAGGACAGAGGCUCAGAGGAUCACCAGGAGGAAAUGGGGUUCUGGGAGAAGGUCAAGGCCCCGGCCGCUCUCCGACUAUGGCCAGUUGGCCCACCGAAGUCUCUCUAUUCCUGAAGACUCAGUUGCUAUGGACCCCCAGAAAGAGGACGCCAUGGACGGGGACCACCAGCCAAAUGUGGCCUCCAUGGACCCCACAGACCAGAACCCUGUCGCGGGGGGCCCCCGAGGAAGCCGGAGAAGGCGCCCCGUCUCUGUGAUAGGCGGGGUCAGCCUCUAUGGGAACAGCCAGCCAGAGGAAAUAGAAAGUCUUCUAACCCAACCGGCAGCCAGGCCUCCUGUGCCGGCUCACCAGGUGCUGCCCUACAAGGCAGUGUCGGCCCGGUUCCGGCCCUUCACCUUCUCCCAGAGCACCCCCAUUGGACUGGACCGCGUGGGACGCCGGCGGCAGAUGCGAGCGUCCAACGUCUCUUCAGAUGGAGGCACUGAGUCCUGCACCUUAGUGGAUGACAACGGCAGCGAGGAGGACUACACCUACGAGGACAUCUGCAAGGCUAACCCCAGAUACCUGCCACCCGGCGGGGAGCAGCUGGCCGUCAACGAGCUGAUCAGCGAUGGCAGUGCGGUCUGGGCAGAAGCCCUCUGGGACCAUGUGACCAUGGACGACCAGGAACUGGGUUUCAAGGCUGGAGACGUCAUCCAGGUUCUGGAAGCCUCCAACAAGGACUGGUGGUGGGGCCGGAACGAAGAUAAGGAAGCCUGGUUCCCCGCAAGCUUUGUCAGAUUGCGUGUCAAUCAGGAAGAGCCAUCGGAGAAUUGCAGCAGCACCCAGGGCGAGGGGCAGGAUGAUGCCGGCAAGACCUGCCACAAACACUCAGAGAGCAAGCACCAGAUGAGGACCAAUGUCAUCCAGGAGAUCGUGAACACCGAGCGGGUGUACAUCAAGCACCUCAAGGACAUCUGUGAGGGCUAUAUCCGACAGUGUCGCAAGCACACGGGAAUGUUCACCGUUGCACAACUAGCCACCAUUUUUGGAAACAUUGAAGAUAUUUACAAAUUCCAAAGAAAGUUCCUGAAAGACCUUGAGAAACAGUACAAUAAAGAGGAACCUCAUUUAAGUGAAAUAGGAUCCUGCUUUCUUCAACAUCAAGAGGGCUUCGCCAUCUACUCUGAGUACUGCAACAACCACCCCGGCGCCUGCGCGGAGCUGUCCAACCUGAUGAAGCAGGGCAGGUACCGACACUUCUUCGAGGCCUGCCGCCUGCUGCAGCAGAUGAUCGACAUCGCCCUGGACGGCUUCCUGCUGACCCCCGUGCAGAAGAUCUGCAAAUACCCCCUGCAGCUGGCCGAGCUGCUCAAGUACACCACGCAGGAGCACAGCGAUUACAACAACAUAAAGGCGGCCUAUGAAGCCAUGAAGAAUGUAGCCUGUUUGAUCAAUGAGCGCAAGCGCAGGCUGGAAAGCAUAGACAAGAUAGCACGGUGGCAGGUGUCCAUCGUAGGCUGGGAGGGGCUGGACAUCUUGGAGCGCAGCUCAGAGCUGAUCCACUCUGGGGAGCUGACCCAGCUCAGCAGGCACGGCAGGAGCCAGCAGCGGACUUUCUUCCUGUUUGACCACCAGCUGGUGUCGUGUAAAAAGGACCUGCUGCGUCGGGACGUGCUCUACUACAGGGGCCGCACGGACAUGGACGACGUGCAGCUCGUGGACCUGGAGGACGGGCGCGACAGGGACUGGAAUGUGAGCGUGAAGAACGCUUUCAAGCUUGUCAGCAAAAGCACCGACGAGGCCUACCUGUUCUGCGCCAAGAAGCAAGAGGACAAGGCCAGGUGGCUGCAGGCCUGCAGGGACGAGCGGCGGCGGGUGCAGGAGGACCGUGAGAUGGGCAUGGAAAUUUCAGAAAAUCAAAAGAAACUCGCCAUGCUAAAUGCUCAGAAGGCAGGACAUGGAAAGUCGAAAGCAGGCUACAGCGCGUGCCCGGUGGCCCUGCCGCACCAGGCCUUGCACCCCCUUCACCAGCGCCACGUGACUGUGCCCACCAGCGUCCCGCAGCAGCAGGUGUUUGCGCUGGCAGAGCCCAAGCGGAAGCCUUCGCUCUUCUGGCACACGUUCAACAAGCUCACCCCCUUCAAGAAGUGAUCGCGCACGGCCGCACCUCCGCCCAGGCGGCUGGAAGGAGAGCCGUGUGCCCCUUGCGUGUGACCCCCGGGCUGAAGGCUCAUUUCGGGGCAGCCCUGAAGAACAGAAGCGCGCCGACGCGCCUGCACCUGGGUCUUCAGGGGCUGAGACCGGAAAUAAAGGUCCGGAGGCGUGGCCCUGGCGUCCAUGGUACCCCUCUAUGACCCGUGUGGGGGCGGGGGUGGCCGCCGGGCCCAGGGAGCCAGUGUGCCCCGCGGGCGUGGCGGUGCUGGGCGCACGCUUCUGCGGUUCCUGAGGACUGACCGGGGUGCACUGUCCCUUUUGCACGUGGGUUCCGAGGGGACGCUGGCAAACGGGGGUGGUCUGAACGCACCUCACCAGCACAGGCAAGCUCUUCCUCCCUCCCACAGUUAUUAGGGGACGUCCCGCCACAGCGCACAUGGCCAUGGUGUCCCCUGGGGCCCUCCGAGUUGUUGCCAAACAGUAGUACAGGCUUCCUCCUGCCCAGUGCGCCCCCCACAGGCCGGAGGCCGAGUGGGGUGACUCCCGGCGCGGGCAGGGCCGCGGAAGCAUCGAAACUACGGCUGCUUUACGGGCAGAGCGCAGAGUCCCACCCCGGGGUGGUUCCGUCCUUCCGCGGUCGGGUGCUCUCCAGCCGCACUCCAGCCAUCACAGGGACUCACACACCGUCGUGGCCCAACAGACCAACCGGACUUACUGUUCGCAAGAUAAAAACCCGUUUGCUUUAAUUUUAUGAUAAAUUAAAUACGCAAGUGCAUCCUGAGGUUCUCCCAUCAGUUCUUUCCGGCGUCCCCACCAAUCAACAGACAGCGACCCAAACGAUCCACCGAGAAAGCACGAGUUUCAGAGCGGCCCCCCUCGCUCAGGACCCAGGGCCCACUUUCCUGUGGAAAGGCCCAAACAAUAGCGUCAACCGUGCCUUUAGAUCCUGGCUUGAGGGUUCUGAACACUCGCCCUUUACGAGCGAACAAAAACACAUCUUGACUCGGACACAGUGGUCUUUUCGAACGGAGGCCACGUGGACUGAUCCCGGUCGAUGGAAUCUCCUGGCCUUCGUCUGUAUUGCAAACGCUGAUGAAGGUACUGCGUCUGAAGACGACAGCUCUGCAAGAGAGACGCCGUUUAAAUGUACUCGGUGCGCUGAAAAGGAGACCGUGGCACAUGUCUGUGGUUUUCUGUUUGAGACACCCCAUUUUGUAUGCUCCUCCCCGUAAGUCCUGCUUUCCGGCAGGCCAGUGCUUGACAAUAAACAAACAUGUGACGUCACAGCCAAAGGGGUGACUAGUGCCUCUGAGUGUCUGGUCCCUCCUUUCUCCUCCUCCUCCCUCCCCCUUCUUCCUUACCCAAGGCUGGUCCCAGAGGAGGUGACAUCGUGCAUCAAGAAGACGGAAUCCUGGACGUCUGAGGGGGCCUUGGAGCAUUAUCUAGAAACCAUACCCAAUGGGACCUGGAUGUCAUAUUGCUGUAGUGUCGUGGUGCCCUGCAGCCAGCCCCCCAGGGCCGCCCGUGUGGACCACCAUACCUAGUGGCCCGGGAGGAAGGCUGCUUCUCCAGAGGUGCUGGGCUCUGUACAACCACAUGCAUGCGUGUGUGGCUUCGUUUUUGAAGAGAGCCCUUCAUUUUAGUUGCAUUUCUAUCACUGACCUUUCUACUAACAAAAUGUCAUGAUAUAGUUUGAAAACGACACUAAAGUGCUUUGUGUGGGUCCCUCAGUAACAGCCAUAGGAGUCCCUGUGCCAAACAGAGUUGUUUGUAUAUACAACAAUUUUGAACAGUUUUUUUUUAAACUAAGAAAAUUAGGGAAGAAAAGAGAAACAUUUGCUUACAUUAUAGUUUUGAUGAGGAUUCAUUUCAAGUAAAGAACCAUGUCAAGAGUCUCCAUUGACUAAUAAUAUUCAUUAAUGCGCAGAGGGGAAGGGCUUAAAUUCUGUGGCCAGAGUUUACUUCCUGCAGGAGCCCUCACUUCUGGUUGCCACCCAUCCUCCGUGGGCUUUCUAACAGAAGAAAGCUCAGACCCCAGGGCCUUUACAAGGCUGUCCCCGUGAACUUGGGACCAAGUCACAUGAUUGAAUAGCCACCCUGUAUGGAUGCUGUUGAAUUCUUCAGGUGGUUUUGAAAACAGAGACUUUUUUUUUAAGGUGGAAUGUCUUCGACUUCUUUAAAUCUAUUUGUCUAGCUUGAGGUUUUUUGUUUUUGUUUUUGUUUUUUUACACUGAACACCCGAGUUUCUAUAAAGAAUAUGUGGCUCAAGUAUUCUAACCACAGGUUUGCCAAACUUUGCAUCUUCAUUUAAGUCACGUGUUCCAUCUAAAAAGAAAAAGAGAAAGAAGCUAAGAGCUUUCCUAUAUGGAUUUUGUGUGGAUUUCAUUGGGAGACUUGUUUUUCCCUUUUUGUCUCAUUUUAACACACCACUACAUAAUAUGGAUGCUUCCCUCCCUGCCAUACACACACACACUCACACACACUCACACACAGUCACAAAGAUGGCACAACUCUUUGGUGAAUUUCAUUUAUUAUUUAUGUUUCAGAAUUAGCCAACUCUUUUGGAAGACCAUUCAAAUGACCUUGAGUCAAAAGCAACCUUCUCAAUUUUGAUCCUCCCUAAAAUGCACAACCACCUUGCAGAAAAUCACAAACCAUCAAAAAAUGGGACAUUUGUCAAACCCUAGAGAAAUACCAUUCUUUGGCCGGCAAAUAAGAAAAAGACUGGUACCAAUGCACAAGGGCUUUCCUGGGGUCCCUCCUUGGUAGUUUUAUUUUCAGUAGAUCUCAUCUUUUCCCUGGUACAUCCGGUUUUGUGGCUGAAAACAUUUCACUCCCAUCUCCACGCUAUUUCUGCGUUUUGUUGUGCCUUUUUAUACCUAAUCCAGACGAAGACUAGCUCCAUGCCUGUGCAGAAAAGCCCCUCAGUCCUACAGUGCUGUUGCCUAGACACAAAGCAAAAGUGCAUUUAAUUUCAACCUUGUUUCACAAUAGAAGUCUUUCUGUAAAAGCCCCGAUCCAGUGCUUAUCAGUUGGAAAUCUCUACAUGCCCCCGAUCGCUGAUUUUUCUCAGUACAAGUCUACUUAGUUACCUCUCCUGAAUAGAAGAGCCUGGUUACCUGGAGCUAAGAAGAAACUUGCUGCAAGAUUAUCUUAUGGAAGAGAGGAGAAGCACAUGUGUCCCUCACAGGACAGCGGUAACAAGUGUGGAUAAAUGUCCUUUCGAUGACGGGUCACAAUCAGCUAGGUCAGAUGGCUCAAAAACAGUUGUCCCUCUAGUAAGCUUAACCCACAAAGGUCCCUGUUAAGAUUCCACUUGGCUGAUGCUGGUAUUCUGAGGACGCGUACCAGGAAAGCGGAGCUCCCGUGGUUUUGAGAAGAGUAAUUGGCCAACUAUCUGAUCUUGAAAAGAAAAACUGCCGAAGCGUAAAUAUUUGAUGCAAACACACUUACCUACAACAUGCUUAACUUAAUAGUCCUCAGGUCACAGGCAUCGACUUUUGUAUUUAGAAAAUAAUUUCCUUUAACUGAUCCUGUAAUUUAAUAAUUGGUCUCUUGUAAAUAUUAGCAUCAGUUGUGUUUACCUAUCUUUCAGGCUUUUGGUAACCUUUUCAUUGAAUUGUAACUCAACAUCAAGACAAUGUUAAGUCCAGUGACAGCUUUCACGCUGAUGAAAUUAGCUGCUGACAGCUGAGGGACGUUGUACAAGACUGCUCUAACUGAUAUGUAUUUCUGUUGAAUGAAGUUUUUGUAAAAAAAAGAAAAAGAUUAUUUACAAUGUUCUUUGAAUGAUUUCUUGUAAAUGCUGUGAAUCUAUAUUUGUUGUUUUGUAUCUGUAUAUUAAAGCUCAUUUGCCAAA